AUGCUAGCUUCCACACUGCUGCUUGCGCUGGCGAUGCCCAUGCUUUGGGCUCAGCCCUACCCCAUCCCUCCAACCUGCUACACCAAAGUGCUGACCAUGGGUAAAGAGAUCACCCAAAGAGCGGCCGAAAUCAAGACUGACCAUGACACUUCCAGAUGCACAGCUCACCUGCCCGACCUCUACAUCGAUGUUCAUAACGCUUGUGUGAUGUCCACUAUGAACUCGUAUCUGUCUCUGCUGGGCGGUCUGAGAGAACGGAGAUGUGUGUACACCAGGAAAGUGCAGAAUCUAGCUGCUGUGAUCAGACGACUCUAUUUCAUCAUGUCACAAAAAUGUCACGGGGACUUGGUUUUUACUUGUGAUAACUGCGAAGCGUUACAUCACAGAGGAUGGAGAGGCUGAGAGCACUGCAGACAUCACCGGACUGAGCCUCGAGAAUGAUUGAAUGGAGAUCAUAAAGAGCCAUUACUCAUCAGAUCUUAUUCAUAAUCAAUAGCUUUAAAGAGCAUAAUUAUAAUUUAUUUUCUUUUUUUUCAUGUAAUUUCAAUGUUUUUUGUUUUUUAUUUUCUUUUUUUAUGAUGAUUCAAUAGUAUCCUGCAUAUUGAUUGGUUAUGCCAAAAUGA